AUGGCAGACGAAGACCGUUUCGCCGUGCGCGGUAAUACCCGAACCAUCCAGGCGUGGCACUUGAACAAGUCUCUCCUCAGAAUACGAGAUGAAGCCGAACGCAAGGCCGCUCUCGAAGCCGAAGCGGCUGCCAAGGUAAUAGCAGACCUCAGGCAGCGCUACAAGUCCACGAGCGCUGAGCGGGAAGAGUCCCACAAGGCUUGGCGCAAAUGGCUUGCCUCACGUUCUGAUGAAGGAGCACCGCCCUUACCGGACUUCGUCACUGGAUGGCGCGACUUUGUGCCCGCAGCAAAGCCAAAGCAAGAGAAAGUUGCGAGUUUCGGAGAAGCGCGCUUUGGCAAACAAGUCUCGGCACGGCAUGACAAGUGCUUCCUGUGCGAGGCGAUAGAGACCACGAGGGCGGAUCCCGAGCUCCCUUGUGAAGACAAGAGACAGCGGCUUCAGAGGUUAGAACAUACGAUUCCAAAGCUCAUUAUGGGGAGAUCGACCGCACCGGGAGUGCAAGAUGGGCCGACCUUCGAUAAUUUGGUUAGCGUGUCGGCCUGGGGACACGAAUCGUCUUCGCCUGGUCAAGUGUACAUUGCAGUGACUGCAGUCUCAAACGAGGGACUGUUGAGAAAUGCGCUCAACGAAGUCGGUAGCAUCGAAAGCACGCUGGAUACCAAGAAAGGGCAGCAUGGUCUGUCUCGUACCAUUACCAGAUUCUUAGUGGAAAGCGCUCCUGGUGACACAGAAAUCAUGGACAGACUGAUCAACGACAAAGUCUUCAGGCAGCACUCCGAAGCUGUCAGACAACGGGUCAAUCUGUACCGCGCCAACAGGGACGCUGCGCUGACAGCACUUAUCGCGGCCAGCUGUGACAAGCGGCUGAGUCUCGGCGAUAUCGAGACAGCGUCCAAAGCCAAAGCUGAUGCGUUGGAGUUAGAGCGAGACCUCGCCAAGCUGAAGACGAGUCAAAAGGCCUACAAGGCACGCAUAGAGCUUGUCAGAAUAGGCCAGAGCGUGCCCGAAUAUAGCAGGAAAUGGUGUGAGAUGCGAAGACACAGGUGGAGGACAGGUAUCGACCGAGAGUGUGAGGAACUUGAGAAUUCGCUGGAAGUUGACCCUUCCUUUAGAGAGCGUGACCCAUUCGAGUUGAUCAAGAGAAUACGGUGGGAGUACCAGGAGGAACGGAGUCUGCCAGGCACACCACCGCCGGCUGAAGAGGCAACCGCCUUGUCGAAUCAUUCACUGACACCACCUGCUCUGACCGAACUUCCUGAACCGCAGAACCAAGGACCAGGUCCAUCCACGAAAACACUGCAAGAGAUUAACAGGCGCACUCGCGAGCAGGAGGACAACACAUCUGUCUCGACCGAUGGUGAUCCAUUUGCAUUGGAGAAGGCCCUCGACGUAGUCCCAAAAACACAGGACACUGCCAGGCCCGGCAGUGACAUGGCGGCCACUUACUCACCGAAGGGCAAGGAUAAGAAGGAUUCCAAGGUGGAGAGCUUGUUGGGAGAGGAUGGUGUGAGUCUCAAAGACUUCGCGGUAUAA